AUGGAAGAUCGGACAAUGAAAAUAAAUGGAAAAUGUGGAUUAGAUUUUCUUAGCUCCGAUAAUGGAAUCAGAAAACAGUUAAUUGAACAUCUUCCAGAAUUUAUGGAAUCCAAAUAUAUUCAAAUUGCGAUCGAAAAUUUUGGAUAUAUCCUUGCUAUAAAUUCUAAUUUUUGGCAAGAAUAUUUCCAAUUGAAUUUAAGUGAUGCUCUCACUGAUAAUGAUGAAAAGAAAAUUAUUUUGUUUAUGAAAAAAUAUAUUAAACCAGUUAUGGGUAAUUUUGAUAUGGGUGAUUGGCAAAGAUUAAAUAAUUGGUUGAAGGAAUAUAUAGAUGAAAUGUUACAAAAAUAUUUUAAUGGAGAUGGGGAAGGAAGCAUGUAUACAAAGGUCAUUGUUUAA